AUGGGGAUGGACUCUGGGGUUAAUAUUUCAAAUGUAGAUGCACCUUAUGGGGGGAAAAGUGCAUUUACCCAACUGGAGCAUAACAUUGUGGCUGGAUAUCUCAUCACUGCAGGUGUCAUCAGUUUAGCGAGCAACAUUGUGGUGCUAUUGAUGUUUGUAAAAUUUAAGGAACUUCGCACACCUACCAACUUCAUAAUAAUCAACUUGGCUUUUACUGACAUUGGAGUGGCUGGUAUUGGCUAUCCCAUGUCCGCUGCUUCAGACAUCCACGGCAGCUGGAAAUUUGGCUAUGCUGGUUGUCAGAUCUAUGCAGCUCUCAACAUAUUCUUUGGCAUGGCUAGUAUUGGCCUGCUGACCGUGGUGGCCAUUGAUCGUUACCUUUCCAUCUGCAGACCACAUAUAGGUGAGAAAAUGACGGUACGAUCAUACAGUCUUCUUAUUCUGGCAGCAUGGCUGAAUGCUGUGUUCUGGUGCUCCAUGCCAAUUGUUGGCUGGGCUGGUUAUGCCCCUGACCCCACUGGAGCUACAUGUACCAUCAACUGGAGACAGAAUGAUGCGUCUUUUAUUUCUUACACUAUGGCAGUGAUUGCUGUGAACUUUGUGGUUCCUCUGUGUGUCAUGUUUUACUGCUACUACAGUGUGUCAAUCACUGUCAGGAGAUACAAAGCAAGCAACUGCCUGGACUGCAUUAACAUGGAUUGGUCUGAUCAAAUGGAUGUCACCAAGAUGUCAAUUGUAAUGAUUGUCAUGUUCCUGGUUGCCUGGUCUCCAUACUCCAUGGUCUGUCUGUGGGCAUCGUUUAGUGACCCAAAGACUAUCCCUGCCCCCAUGGCUAUUAUUGCUCCACUCUUUGCCAAGUCCUCCACCUUUUAUAAUCCCUGUAUUUACGUCAUUGCCAACAAAAAGUUCAGAAGAGCCAUUACAGGGAUGAUUCGGUGUCAAACAAGACAGCGAAUCACCAUCAAUACCCAAGUUCCCAUGACAAUUUCCCAACAACCUCUGACCCAGUGAGAUGAUAUUGCAUUCAGCAUGAUGUCACAUUAAUAUUAAAAUAACUUGGCAUCAAAACGCUGUGUAGAAAAAUGCAAUAAUGACACCAAUGAUUGACGGUGCUUCCACUGUCAACUCAGCAAAUAUUUUGUCUCCCUUAGUUUCACAAAAUGUAAUCUACAAAGUCUUGAGCCGGGUGAGGGCCAUAGAUGAGUUGCUUAGGCUGGGCCCUUAAAAACAGCUGGGUCUGAUGGGCUAAGACAUUUUUUAAAGAUUGCAGCUUCCACUAUCAAACACCCAUGCUGAUGCUUUUUAACUUGCUGAUAGCUUCCAUGUGAUUGAAAAGCAGCUGUAGUGUUUCCUUCUCCUCCUUUGUUGGGACUGUUAUAGGGCCAUCGGUCUCUCCUGUCUCUUCUAUCAAAAGUCUUAGGAAACCUGUAA